GUCGUUCUACUGGCGGAAGUAGGCUGUGCCCCUGUAUUUACAGCACGGAAAGAUGGCAAUGAGACCGGGAGCCGGGGGUGCCGGCAGUGGCAGUUUUGUAUUUCCUUUAGGGACCGGCAUUGGAUCAUCUCAAGGAAUGAUACCGAUGCAACAACAAACAGCCCGAUUUCCUAUGGUACCCAUGAUGCAAUCAAAUGUUCAAAAUAUGAUGGCCGUUGGAUAUAGUCCUCAGAUUCCCCAAGCAGCGAUGGCCAUGCAGGGUGGACUAUCUAUGGGCCCCAUGCAAGCAACACCAAUUACUUUUAUGGGUCAAACUGGCUACAUAGGAAUGGCUCCAGCCUCUGCAUACACUCAAGACAUGCAGAAGCAGUAUGUUGAAGAACAACAAAAGCGGUUUGAACAGCAGCAAAAAAUGUUAGAGGAAGAUAGAAAAAGAAGACAGUUUGAAGAACAAAAGCAGAAGUUACGAUUGCUAAGCGGCGUAAAACCCAAAACUGCUGAAAAAAAUAGAGAUGAUGCACUGGAAGCCAUUAAAGGAAACUUGGACGGAUUUUCCAGAGAUGCCAGAAUGCAUCCAACUCCUGUAAUGCAUGCCAGGAAUCCAGGCAAUGCUGUUGGCGUUAGGAUGUUCUCAAGUGAAACAACUGAAACGAUUCUGCCCUCGUGGAUUUACAAUGACAGUCUUGUUCCAGAUCUUUACAAAAGUAUUUUGGAUACAACCCUUACGCCAUCUGGAAUCGAUACAGCCAAGCUCUAUCCAAUUCUUUUGUCCUCUGGACUUCCUCGGGAAACACUGGGUCAAAUUUGGGCAACGGCAAACCAAACUACUCCAGGAAAGCUUACUAAAGAAGAAUUAUAUGUUGUGCUUGCCAUGAUUGGUAUUGCUCAGAGGGGAGAAUGUUCCUUGAAUAUGGACAUACUGAAUCAGUUUUCCUCAGCACCAAUACCAACUUUAAGUAGCUUUCCAGUAAAGUUUCCCUCGGCUGUAGAUCCGUUGCAUGGCUUGCAUCAAAGGCCUGCUGCCUCUAAGCCUCUGGACGUAAGCCAGCCAGUGGUCAAGAUGAAGAGUACACCAGCUGCUGCAGGAAAUGUCACAAUGCCGACUUUCAUGCCCUCCAACUUUACUCAGCCGCCUUUCAAGCCAGAAGAAGAUGAUUUCCAAGACUUUCAAGAGGCAUCUAAAUCUGGACCCAAUGAUGACUCUUUCCCUGAUUUCCAAAGUGAUAUGUCUAAAAUGUCAUCGUCAUUGUUGAAGAGCAGUGCUCCACCUUUGCUUAUGCCGUUGUCUGGAAAACAAGCACCUGUAGCUCCUGUGGUUGAUAAAUAUGCAGCAUUUAAAACAAUCAAUGUGAGCAGCAAACUGGAAAACACAAGUCACUUCUCAGGAGAAAGCUUUGCAGACUUCAAAUCUUCUUCAGCAGAUGAUGGAUUCACAGACUUUAAAACAGCAGACAGCAUAUCUCCUUUAGACACUCCGUUGAGAGAAACUCAGAUGUCUCUUGGCUUUCAUACUGGCCCUACCCAGAAAUCACCUACGCAACUGAAACCCUCAUCUGAUCUUUCAUUUUGCUCUGUGACAACCAAUGCUUUUCCAAAAACAUUCCAUGCACCCAAGCCCGUGUCAUUGCCUGUGCCUACACUUUCAUUAGCAGCAUCUUCAUUACCAUUAUCGUCUUCAUCAUCAUCAUCCACAUAUGUUUCUGUCUCAGCUGUGCCUGCUAAAAGUUCCUCCUUAUUUGAUGAUUUUGGAGACUUUACACUUUUUGGAGGGCCAGCCAGCACUACAUCUGCUGGUAGCCAAAAUGACUUUUCUGACUUCUUGACAAGUAAUAGCAUUUCUGCCGAACAAAAAACUGGAGACAAAUAUGAAGCUUUUAAGCAGGAAUCAAAUACAAUUGACCCAGUACGCUCUACAGGUUUAAACCAAAACCUUCAAACCACGUCAGCAUCCAGUAACAAAUAUGAUUUGUUUGAGCAUCUUUCUCUGGACAGUUCUUGCACAGGGUACGAUGAAUCUAAAGAUGCUGCCAGUCUCCCUAAAGACAGUGACUUCACAUUCCAGUAUGACAAAUUCACCACCGCUGAGAGCAACUCUGAAAAAUCUUUUGUGGACAAGUUUGCUGCUCUCAAGCAAACCAAAGAGGACUCGGUCUCUAUUAAGUCCUUAGACCUUCCUUCGAUCGGUGGCAGCAGCUUUGGGAAGGAUGACUCUGAAGAUGCACUUUCUAUCCAGUUUGACAUGAAGUUGUCAGAUUUGGGCGGGGAAUUGAAGCAUGGUAUGUCUGAUAGUUCUCUGGAUUUGCCAACGGUUAGUGGUCAGCAUCCGCCUGCCGCAGAUGAUUUUAAAGGCACCAAUGACAAUUCCUCCCUACUAAGCAGUUUGACAAUAUCUGACUGGUCAGAGAAGGACAACGCACACACGGACAAAAAACAGGCAGACUUUUUUUUCAGCACCGACUACACUGCUGGCUCUUCAACAUCCAUGUUCUCCAAGAAGGAAACAUCAUUUGGAAGUACUGAAAACCUUACUAUGACCACUGUAUCGAAAAUAACGACCUUCUCCAGUAACAUCUAUGCUCCAGAGGACAACUCGGCAUUUGGUGCAAGCACUAAAGGACACGUUGAGAAAGCAAGUGGCAUGUUCUCAGGUGGCCUCGAAGAUAUUUCUUCUCUUACUUUGGGGCACAGUGAAGAAAGCCAUGAUCUGCCUUCCUCUAGUGUCGCUUCAGAACUAAAGAAUAUAGAUGAUUUUGGUGAAUUUCAAAGCGAGAAGCCCAAAAUCAGUAAAUUUGACUUUCUUUUGGCCAAUGCUCAAGGAAAAAUGAAAUCAAGCGAAGAAAUGAUUAAGACAGAACUUGAAACAUUGGAUCUUUGUGCUCAAGGAUCCCAUAAGAGAAGCCUUAGCCUUGGGGAUAAAGAAAUAGCUAAAACUCCACCUGCUGCAGAGCCAGCAUUCAGAGACAGGUCUCACACUGUUACUGAGAAGCCCGCAUUACCUGUGAUUAGAGACAAGUACAAAGAUCUCACAGGAGAAGUUGAGGAGAGUGAAAGGUAUGCAUAUGAAUGGCAGCGUUGUUUGGAAAGUGCUCUGCAGGUCAUCAAAAAGGCAAAUGAUGCUCUCAAUGGAAUUAGCAGUUCAGCAGUCUGUACAGAAGUUAUCCGAUCGGCACACGGAAUGGAAUAUUUAUUAGGUGUCAUCGAGGUGUACAGAGUGACCAAGCGAGUAGAAUUGGGGAUAAAGUCCACUGCAGUGUGCAGUGAGAAACUGCAGCACUUAGUGAGGGAGAUUGACAAACUUUGGAAUAACUUAAUAGGAUUCAUGUCACUCGCCUCUCUAAUGCCCGACGAAAGUGCACUGGAUUUUGCCUCCUGUAUGCUUCGACCAGGAAUCAAAAAUGCUCAUGAACUGGCAUGUGGUGUCUGCUUACUAAAUGUAGACUCCAGAAGUAAGGCUUUUAACUCGAACACUGAUCAUUUUAAACUUUCUUAUGGAGGUCACCAAUAUCACGCAAGCUGUGCAAAUUUCUGGAUUAACUGCGUGGAGCCCAAACCUCCCGGCCUUAUACUGCCAGAUCUGUUGUAAUUUAUUCUGACUUUUGUUUUUUUUUACACAAGGGAAAUACUACUGCAGGCUGCUGCCUGGAAUCUCAUCUAUCUGAAAAAAACACUGCUUGAUGAAGGCAGUUUUUUUCUGAGUUUUUCAUGGAAUGUUCCUGUUCUUUGCACUGCCACUUAUAUGAUGCACAUUCAUUCUUUUUAUUGCAGACUUGAUCUAAUGUUAUAAAUCUUUUUAAUUUAAUUUAUGUGAAAUCAUAGACUGUAUUUGUUUGUUGCACAUUAGUGAUUCUAAUAUUUCUGUUAGCUCUGUUACUGUACUUCUAAGUAUUGUGAAUAGAGGGGUUAAAUGAGACACACAUGUAAUUAUUACUUACAUCCAAGUCACUCUUUCUACUUACCAUCCUACACUAAGCACUUUCUCUGCUCUGUAUGUAGUUGAAGAUUUCCUUUUUCAACUAAAUAGGGGAAUCAUCCAGUGCAGUAGAGUAGACUGUAGAUUAAAGUGGUUGUGCUGGGCUUCCUCAUAUCUUGAAUUUUAGCAAUGGGGUGGAGAGUAGAGAAAUGUAUACGCUUGGUGGAUUUUAAGAUGUACUUAAUUUUUCCAAGUGAAGUUGCUGAACAACCAACUCGUAUUUAUGUAGAAAGAAAAUAAGGGACUGUUUUUAAAAGCAGAAAAUCCAGCAAGGAGUUUCUAUUAAAAUGCAGAUACAAGAUUCGGGCAUAGAAAAUUUGGUAAAUAUGUAGUGAAUACAACACCAUAGAGAGAUUUACUUUUUAUAGUUAUUUUUCAGUGCAAUCAAUGCACCUUACAAUGCGUAUGACCCCUUUGGGUUGCUAUAAAUGUUCCAACAACCCAGUGAAAUGUGGCGGCAAAAAUUUGACUAUUAGCCCAGGUUAACACUGCUGCGGGAUUGAAAUUGCGCGAGUUAAGAUAAACAGGCGCAAUUUCGUACCCGCAUGUCAGUCCGACUUGCGGGUUGCUGCACAGAUGUUUAUUGAAAUCGCACCCAAAGUCACCAAAAGUAGUACAGAAAUUACUUUUGGGAAUCGGUGCAGCGUCGCGCCGAUUUGGACGGUGCCAUUGCCGGCAAUAGCUGCUGAUUUGGCAUGUGAUGUGACAUGUCAGAUCGCAUCAAUGUGAACCUAGGUUUAACGGGGUGAUAAUGAGGGCUGUUGCAAAAUCUGUGCUAUCUGCACAUGCACAACCUCUGUUCGUUAGAAGGUUCAUAUGGAAAGAGCAGCAUGCUUCUUCAGCCUAGAUGAAUUCUGUGUACAUCACUUUUUUUUAUUUUAUUUAAAGGGGUUGUAAAGGUACAAUUUUUUUCCCCCUAAAUAGCUUCCUUUACCUUA